AUGCCUAGGGACCGAGACACUUCCGAUGAACUAAAUAUCUCAGAAAAACAACAUGAGGAGGACAAAACCUCAAGCAAUUCGCUGAUUACUUCCGCUGCCAAAAGCGCCUCUACUCUACUACCUCAGUCAAUUGCUUCGGCCGUUUCGUUCAUUACGCAGUCAACUUCCCUUUCUCUGCGCAUUGGGACGUUUUUUGGGGGCGCUGCUUUGGGGAGUGCGAGAGUGACAACUCUGACGGGGUUAGAAUUGAGUAGAGUGGUUGUAGAGGCUAUCUUGACGAGGGCUGGGCGUGAUGUUGCGGGACAUAGCCACGGAGAGUACGGAAGGUUGGAGGCUGAAUCUUUACUCGAGCGCAGUUUAGCAGCUUUACAUUCAACCGUGACUUCAACUUCAUUCUUUGCCGCAGCGGGCUUCCACCUGUCCGAAGUAGCGCUUUCGUCGUUGUCGAAUUUGUCUCAGAAUCUGCUAUAUACAUUAGAUUCGAUAUUGGGAUCGACAGAAUCUUCGCGAGCGAUUGCGGCGAUUAUCACAUUGAUUCGAAGGGAAUUCUCGAAGAAAGAAGAAGGCGAGGACAAUGCCGUUGUCGGUGUUGGAGACUUGCUUGUGGGAUCCGUAGGCUUCGCGCUGUUGCAGCGUUGGGGCCGAUUAAAUUCAGAAAGGCACCUGCGGGAGACAGAGGGCGAGGUCACUAUAUGGGAUGUUGUCAUUCUGGAUAACGGGCUGAGGGCCGAUGUCAUCGGGACACAAACAACCGGAUAUGCUCAGAAUAUGUUGAACGACGCUGUUGGCGAUAGGUCGAGGCCAGCGUCAUUCAUGGAUCCUGGAGUACACCAGCAAUCAAUCGAUGCAUUAGAGCGUGUUCAUAAUUGUCAAGAUGCUCACCCAUGGAAUCCAUCAACGGACGUCCACAACCAACUCUCAGAUGAAGACAUCCGCAACUAUAUCAUGAGUCAGCUACCUCAAGGCAGUCGUGCUUCCGUUAGAACCGAGUUGGUAACAGCUCGUACUAUCACAGUGGACAUAUUCGAUGAUGACGUAGCUGAAAUUGCUGCACCUCCAGGAACAAUGAUGAUUGAAGAGAGGUUCCAUCACGACCAGGAGUCGCAAGACGCGGCCAAGCGCCUACCCAAGCACACUGUUGUCUUUCAGACAACUUUCAAUAAAUCGCAAAGUACAGAUCUACGGACAGAAGCUAUUGCAAAUGAAAAUCAGAAGACUGAAAACGUUGCUUAUAGGAUCACCGAUAUAACUGAUGCAGAUAAAACAAACCCUGGAGAGGAGUCAUCCCAAGAUGCCUCACGGCCAAUUUUCUCUGAGAACCAUGCAAAUGAAGGACGGCGAAGACCUCGCCGUAUCACGAGUUCGUCAUCGUUGAGUGGCUCGGAGACCCCUCGCAAUACUUUCGGAAAGGCAUCACUCUCGAAGAUCACGCAAAAGGUGAGGGUUGGUCAGGGCGAAAAGUCGGCUCUUAAGAGCAAGGAUACGACGAAGAAAACACAAGGAAAAGGUUCCUCAGUUUUGUCGAAGGCAAAUAAAGUCCCAAGAAAUGGACCUCAGAGAAAAUAUCCAGCUGGUAUAUCAGAAAACCAGCACCCACGGUCGAGCAAGGGCGGCCUCUACAACCCGACGUUGGCGAGUCUCAAUCGAUCUCUUCCACCUAUUCCGGUGGGCGAAUACCCCAGGUACCGUUCUACGCCGUCUCCCACGGCGAGCAGAAUGCCUCAACCCAAUCGAGCUCCCUCAAGAGCGGGACUAUUCCACCCUGAUGAGGACACCGAAUCUUUUGUUACGCAUACCGACUCCUAUUCAAUUCAUUCGAUCGACAGCCGUCCCGGUUCUGCGGCUUAUACUCGAACUCAUAUCCGCAGUAGCAGCUCGAUGUCUCGAACUCGCCCAGAAGAUGCCCAAAAGUCUUCGAAGCGCGAUUUACAACCUCCGGGAUCUCCCCAAACUCAUCGACGGUCACGUUCGUUUGUACCUAGCAUAUACUCUAUGGCCACUGGUUCCGAGACAUCUCUGAUACUCGCACCUCGACCCCGAAAAAGUGUAUAUGAAGAUGAAUCAACAAUCAUUGGUUUGAACCGGAAUGGCUUAGUUCCAGGCAUAUUCCCGCAUAACCACUUGGUCAAGAAUAUACGUCGGUUUUGUCGAUUCUCAUCAGCUUCCUAUGGUUCCAAUGCGCUCAAGGUGAUGGGAGUACAACAUGAUCAGAAGAGAAUCCAAUAUCAUGACCCUGAAAACAUAGAGCAUAGUUCCUUCUCAAAUAUGACUGGACUUCCACAAUCCACUAUCCUUCUAUCCUCAUACGUUGAUCCCGCCGGCGGCACCAACUCUGCGGGAGAGACUGAGAGUGGUUUUCCUCUUGUACACUAUCUCUUUCUGGACCACGAAUCAAAGGCAGUUGUGCUUGCUCUCCGUGGAACGUGGGGCUUCGAAGAUAUUCUUACAGACAUGACAUGCGACUAUGAUGAUCUUGAAUGGCAAGGGAAGAACUGGAAAGUCCACAAAGGCAUGCACGCAUCCGCCAAAAGGCUCCUAGAGGGUGGUGGUAAAAGAGUCAUGGCAACAAUCAAAGCUGCUCUUGAAGAGUUUCCAGAUUAUGGAGUAAUAUUUUGCGGUCAUUCUCUGGGUGGUGGUGUAGCCGCUCUUCUUGCGACGAUGAUAUCUCAACCAAAUGCAGAUACCUCUGGACCGUCCUUUGUAACAGCCUCAGCUUUACAAGCAACAGAACCGCUGCUACUGACAGCUAGUCAUCAGCAAGAAGCUACGAAGGCGUUCUCGCUACCACCUGACCGACCCAUACAUGUCUACGCUUUUGGUCCGCCAGCGUGUAUGUCACCGUUCCUCCGCCGUGCGACUCGCGGUCUCGUCACAACAGUCGUUAACGGCAAAGACGUCGUCCCAUGCCUCUCACUUGGGAUAUUGCAUGAUCUCCGCGCCGUGGCUCUAUCAUUCAAAAAGGAUACCACCGACUCAAAAUCACACAUUCGGUCCCGUGUCUGGGAUGGUCUCCGCCAAAGCAUCCUCAACAAAUUCUACGUGAACCAACCACCCAUCCCCAUAAACGCCGGCGAAGGUCUGGGCGAAGAUACUUGGGCAUGGUCCACCUUACAGAGCCUACGUGAUGAAAUGAUCGCGCCAAAACUCGUGCCACCCGGUGAAGUUUUUAUCGUUGACACAAUGCGGGUGUUGCAACGUAAUGCGUUCAUGUCGUCAGCCGGUCUUCGGGAAGGAGAAAGUAGCCACCCUCAAUUGGGUAGGCCUGCAACCAGAGUUCAGUUGAAGUUUAUUCGAAAUGUAGAGACGUAUUUUGGUGAGAUGAAGUUUAGUUCUGGGAUGUUGGGGGAUCAUAAUCCGGUGCGGUAUGAGGCUAGUCUGGCCGCUUUAGCGAGGGGAACUAUUGAUGACUGAUUCCCAUCCUUUUCCUUCGGUUUUCUUUCUUUUUGCGUUUCAGUCUGCAAUGGUUUCAGGGUGUUUUCAGGGUGAUUUAGAAGGAUACUACGGAGUUGGA